AUGUGGGUCCCGCAGCCGGCUUGUUCUUCCGGCCUCGACGACUCUCUCGGUCCGUGGGCCGGAGAAUUGUGCCGGGGCGGAUUCGACUUUACACUUUUCUUCGAGGAAGCCAUACUAGCAAUUCCCCUGCAAUCUCUCCUCCUGCUGUUGCUCCCCACUUGUACCUUACGCCUGGCAAGGUCCGAUGUCAAAGUCGUGCCCAGCACCCUGCGCUGGUUCAAAGCUUCUGCAACCAUUUCCCUGGUUGUUCUGAAUCUCGUUCUUCUGGUCCUCUGGACCACAACACCAUCAACGACUAUCACUCAUACACCCGCAACCAUUCCCACCGCCACUCUAAGUCUAAUUACCUCGAUAGGAUUGGGUUUUCUAUCAUGGCUCGCCCAUCAACGCUCCGUCAGGCCGUCAUUCAUCCUGUCAACCUAUCUGUUUCUGUCAAUUCUGUUUGACACUGCCCGUGCCCGAACUUUGUGGAUGCUGGGAUCCCAUCAGACCAUACCCGCCGUCUUCACUUGUACGCUAGCCGUCAGAGCUGUCAUGAUACUUCUAGAAUCAACAGAGAAGCGCAGGAUCCUAGUCUCGCAACACAAAGGAUACUCCAAGGAGGUCACCAGCGGUACUUUCAAUAGAUCAGUCUUCUUCUGGUUGACGUCACUCUUCAUCAAUGGAUACAGAAACAUCCUUCGAUUAGAUGACCUCUAUCCACUGGACCCGAAGCUAGCCUCAGAGCCGCUCUACAGAAAACUCGCCGACGCGUGGGACCAAGUCCCCGACAAGACGGUACCCGGCGCUUUGUUCAGCACCUGGCUCCGCGCCUUUGCCGGCCCUCUUUCCGCGGCCAUCGUCCCGAAACUCUUCCAGAUCGCCUUCAACUACGCCCAGCCGUUUCUAAUUGACGAGGCCAUUCGCCUUGCCAGCCAGCCUCAGCAGCAGCCCUACAAUAAUCGUGGUUUUGGUUUGAUAGGGGCGUACGUGAUCGUUUAUACCGGUACUGCUGUUUCGGCCGGCCAGUAUGACUGGCGCAAUCAACGUGCGGCCUCCAUGACGAGGGGCAGUACGACUGCACUUGUCUAUCGAAAAGCAUUGAGGCUGGAUUUGACGUCGCCCAACGUCAGUCCCUCGGGAGCUCUAACUUUGGUCGGAACCGAUAGCGAGACCAUCAGCCAGGGCAUCACACAGCUCCACGAGGUCUGGAGUGGGCUUCUCGAGAUUGGGAUCGGGAUAUACCUGAUUUACAGGCAGCUCGGGGCUGCCUGUGCCAUGCCCGUGGCUCUUGUUUUCGUUGUCCUACUUACCACAGCUUUCCUUGCCGUUCCGACUGGCAAAGCAUCCGCGGAAUGGAUCAAAGCCUCGCAAGACCGCGUCUCGACGACCUCCAAGACGCUAGGAAACAUCAAAUGGCUCAAGAUAUCCGGCCUCAAUGAUGUUGCCUUUUCAGUGAUUCAAAAACUUAGAACCAUAGAGCUCGAGGUUUCCAGGAGGUUCAGGGUACUGUUGGGCAUCUCCAUGAUGUUUUUGAUUUGCACGCCGAUUUGGUCUCCAAUUCUUACCUUCAGCACAUUCGUUGCGACAGCCGCUCGAACUGGCGAUACUCUGACGAUCCAAAAGGCGUUCACUGCGUACUCUGUUCUGAUACUCGUGAACCAGCCGUUGGUUGGCAUUGUCAUGGGGCUCCCAAUACUGGCUGCUGCUAUGACAUCUUUCCAGAGAAUCCAAGACUUCUUGAAUGGCAAGGAAAGAGUUGAUGCCAGACUCUCUAGCGAGGGUAGCAAUCCCGCUGCGGCUGGGAGGUCCAUCAUAGAGUCUCCAAAAGCUACCGGUCCAGCCCCUGGCUUCGAGCUAUCCGACAUGCAUCAAAGUGAGUCAACAAACGCCAAUCUAGUCUCCAACAUCAUCGCCUCUGUAAAGGGAACGUUCUCUUGGUCAGACGACGCUAAGCCAGUCAUCGAUAUCGACAACUGGAACGUUCGGCGGCGAGCUUUCACCUUGGUACUAGGCCCCGUGGGCUGCGGCAAGUCGACGCUUCUGAAGUGCAUACUAGGCGAACUAUCGCCUUUCAAGGGCACCGUUUCCACCAGCUUCUCUGGCGUCACGUAUUGUGGCCAAACCGCAUGGAUACCGAACGACAGUGUGCGGAACAUCAUCACCGGCCACGCCGCGUUCGAUCCGGCCUGGUACUACACAAUCAUGAAGGCCUGUGCUUUAGAGCAAGAUGUUUCUAAUUGGCCGAAUGGAGAUAAUGCAGUAGCGGGCACGAAGGGGAUUUCCAUGAGUGGUGGUCAGAAGCAUCGUCUGGCCAUUGCUCGCGCUUUGUACGCAAGGCAAGAACUAUUGUUGCUUGACGAUGUUUUCAGCGGUCUAGACUCUAGCACAGAAGACAUCGUCUUCAACAACCUCUUCGGCACCAGUGGCUUACUGCGUCACACGGAUACGACUGUCAUCUUAGCAUCUUCCGAUUCUCGCCGAGUCCCUUUUGCCGAAGAUGUAAUACUCCUCAACGAUGAAGGCCGAAUUGCAGACAACGAGGCAUCCAUCAAAGUCGACCGACUACGAAACUCCCCAAGCAAACACGCCCGUACAAGCGAUAACGAUAGCGCAGCCUUACUGCCGAUGGCAACAGCAAACGGUAAACCACCAGCUACGGUCCUCGGUCUUCUCGAAGACCAAGCAGACUCCGCCCGCCAGCUUGGCGACUGGAGGAUGUAUAGCUUCUAUGCUAGGGCAGCUGGGUGGUUCAGCCUGUCGACUUUUGCUGGUGCCAUGAUUGUCUUUGCCUUCUGCGACUCGUUUCCCGAUAUCUGGCUCAAGUGGUGGGCGGAGUCCAAUGAACAGAGACCGAAUCAAGAUUUGGGCAAGUGGCUCGGUGUUUACGCGGCUCUUGGAGCUGGAUCCGUAGCUUCGGUGCUCUUCGGAAUGUGGCAACUUUUCAUUGUCAUCAUCAACAAAUCAGGAGUCUACUUCCACGGUGUUCUACUAGACACCACAUCUCGUGCGCCCAUGUCAUUUCACAGUUCAGUGGACAGCGGCAUCACAGUCAACAGGUUCAGUCAAGAUCUUCAACUAAUCGACAUGGAGCUGCCAGCCGCAGCACUCGGCCUGGCCGUAGGCGUCUCAUUCGGCGUAGCCCGCUUCAUAGUCAUGUCCGUCUCCUCGCGCUACAUGGCCGCCAUCCUCCCCUUCCUCAUCCCAACAUUCUACGCCAUCCAGCACUUCUACCUCCGCACUUCGAGACAAAUGCGCCUCCUAGACAUCGAGCACAAAGCACCCUUAUACUCCCAACUAAUCGAAACCCUCGAAGGUCUGGCGACAAUUAGAGCCUUCCGCUGGGAAGACAACUUUGAAAAGGUUAACCUCUGCCGGCUAGACGACUCGCAGCGACCGAAGUACCUCCUCGCAUGUCUCCAGAGCUGGCUGACUUUCUCGGUUGACAUGGUGAUUGCAGUCAUCGCCGUCGUCCUGAUUGUCUUAGUCACAACACUGAGAGAGCAGAUCGGACCCGGGUUCAUUGGUGUUGCGUUGACGAAUGUGUUGGCUUUUAGCGGGUGUGUCAAAGCGAUUAUCACGUCUUGGGUCAUGUUGGAGGUCUCGCUUGGUGCGGUGGCGAGGGUGAGGAACUUUUCUUUGACGACGGCGUCUGAGGACGGCUCGAGGGUGCAGCUUGCGGAGCUGGAGGGAGAGUGGCCUAGUCUAGGAGCCGUUGAGCUCCGUGGAGUGACAACAUCCUAUGCAUCAUCUGGUGCCGUACUCAAAGACGUUGACAUCUCAAUCGAACCAGGUCGAAAGGUUGCAAUCUGCGGUCGGACAGGCAGCGGCAAAAGCUCCUUGAUCCUCUGCCUCCUCCGCAUGAUGGAACUAGACUCGGGCACAAUCACCAUCGACAACAUCGACAUCGCCACGCUGCCCCACGAAUACGUCCGCUCCAAGAUCGUUGCGGUCCCGCAAGAGUCCUACAUCUUUGACGGCACCGUGCGGUUGAAUCUCGACCCAGGCCAGACAGCUUCGGACGGGGAGAUCACAGCGGUCUUGAAGAGGGUGCAGCUCUGGGAUAAAGUCGAGGAGCGCGGCGGUCUUGAUGCCAUCAUUGAUGAAAAAUUCUUUUCGCAGGGUGAGGCGCGGUUGUUGGUGUUUGCUAGGGCUAUGUUGAGGAAGGGGAGGGUGCUUGUUUUGGAUGAGAUUACGAGCAGUCUGGAUGAGAAGUCUAGCAAAACAAUCGAUGAGGUCCUCCGCUCGUGGUUCAGAGACUGGACCGUCAUCGCUAUAGCACAUAAGCUGGAGUCAAUACUGGACUUUGACCGGGUUGCAGUCGUCGAUUCAGGAGUGGUCGUCGAGUAUGGAGAGCCUCGUCAGCUUCUGAGGAGCGAGUCGGCGUUCAAGGCGUUGUAUGAGCGGUCAUUAGGUGUGGCACAGUAG